AUGGCUUCCACCACAGCUCAGUCGACCGCCGACUCUGGCAAGGUUAACUUCCCUACUGAUGCUUCCCUGCCGGGCGAGCACUUCGAGGUCCGGCAGACUCACCCGACCGGGGACUACACGCCGGACCCGGGCAAGUCGCUGCCGAUUUCGCCGGCGCGCAAGGCCCUCAUUGACGACAUCAUCGCCCUCUACGAGAUGAAGCCGACGAUCGAGCGCGUCAAGCGCUACACCCCGGACUGCGUCUACAACGACCAGUUUGUGUACGCAAAUGACCGCUAUAAGAUGGCCGGCCAGUGGUUUGCCCUGCCGAAGCUGUUCAAGAGCGCAAAGAGCCACGGCUACCAGGUCGUGACCAACGAUAGGGACUUGAUUCAAUUCAGACAUGAAGAGGAAUGGACAUUCAAGAUCAUCCCGAAGACCGCAGUAAUAAACGCUCUGGUCAGCCUGUCGCUAGACCCUGCGUCUAUUGACUCGGACUUCAUUCGUGUAAAGUAUCACAAGGAUCAGGCGAAUGACAAAGACUACUCAAAUGAGGGCUUGGGAGCGACUUUCAAGAAGUGGCAAGCUGACAAUGUCGCAAAGAACAUGGACAGUUCUGAAGUCGCCGCGUUCGAGGCCGAUAAGAAUGCCGGAAAGGAGGAGAAGCGGCAGUACGGGACAGGGAAGAAGGAGGGUGAUGCACCUGUGAAGGAUUUGUAA